UACAAACUGGUUCCCGGAACCUUCUCCUACCGCCAGAAGCCCCUUAUUGCUGUCAGGUUGGUUUCAAUUUCGUUGAUGUUCUCAGAGAUUUGAUAUAUUGAAAAGUGAAUACAGGAGAUAAUACAUGGGAAACAACAACGCAACCAGCAAUUUAACAGAAGAGUUCUGCUCAAAGCUAGCAACCAAUGGGAUCUCUACGCUGGAGUCUAUUCCCCUAAAAACCACGCUAGAUAUCAGGUCUGAGGUUCUGUUUGUUUCUUGCCUGAAAAUCAACGAAGUGCAAGAAGCUACUGAAGAAAUAACUGAAAGCAGCAAAGAAGCUAGACUUGAGAUGCGAUCUCCCAGCUUUAGUAAUUACCUAAAAGUCGAAGAAAGAAGAGAUAAAUCAAAGGAGAAAACUCAAUUACUAUCUAAAGACAAGACUGAGACAGACAAGGCAACACUCGAUGUGGAAGAGGAAACUGUGAUGCUAAAGAGAAGUGAGACUGAGAAAAGAAGAGGCUUUGAGCUGUCUCUUGGGCUGUCUAUGAAACCCACUCGAAGAUCUGACGCAGUUGAUAGCUUCAAAGAAACCAAGGGCUCAGGACAUAACUUGGUGAACAAGAAAGCCAACACGCCUGAGACUCUGCUUAUUUCUUCUGUGAGAAGCAGCAAAGCACAAGAAACUACUGAGGUGAUAACUGAAAGCAACAAAGAAGCUCUGAUUCAGAUGCGAUGUCCUAGCUUUGGAAAUGAUCUGAGAACCAAAGAAAGAAGCAAUGAAUCAACGGAGCAAAUUCUGUUACUCUGCCAAGACAAGAUAGAGACAUAUGAGGCAACGAUCAAUGUGGAAAAGAAAACUGUGAUGCUGAAGAGAAGUGAGUCUGAAAAAACAAGAGGCUUUGAGUUGUCUCUAGGGUUGUCAAUGAAAACCGGUGAUACAUCCGAAGCAGAUAAUAGCCUAAACCUCAAGGAAAGCAAAGAGAACUUGCUGGAAAAGAAAGCUGCUAUGAAAGGCAGAGUUAGAAAAAGGAGCAAAUCUUCGCUCUUCGGAAGUUGCCUCUGCUUUGCCGCCACUGCCAUGAAUUGAACAGAUUUGCAAGGAACAGAUCUGGCCAUGUCUUUCGUUUUACUUUAAAAGGAAUUUUUUAAGUUAUCCUUAGUGUUGUAGAGUUACCAAGCUGAAAGUCAUAAGAAACUUGAAGUAUUUAAGAAAGUAGCUAAAAUUGUUUUUGUUAAAUUAUGAUUUCUAUGUUUUAUAAAGAAUAUUAUUUAAAAGUUAUCACGCAUAUUAAUAAUUAUUUU